GCAGAACUGAGACGUACAACGGUUGCGGAAAUGGUAGCACAAGUUCUGAAGAGCGCCGGUGGAUUCGUUUGGGCAUGCAAGAACUAUGAUGGUGAUGUACAGAGCGAUAUCGUUGCUCAAGGAUAUGGUUCACUUGGACUGAUGACGUCGGUCUUGAUGUGCCCAGAUGGCAAGACAAUUGAAGCUGAAGCCGCUCACGGAACUGUCACGAGGCACUACAGAGAGUACCAGAAGGUAGGUAAUCCCACAUCCACCAACCCGGUAGCUUCCAUUUUUGCCUGGUCUCGAGGUCUACAUCAUCGCGGAGUGCUUGACAAAAACGAAGAACUCAAAAAGUUCACCCUCAAACUGGAGAAAGCUUGCAUCGACACUAUUGAAGCAGGAAAUAUGACAAAAGAUUUAGCUAUUUGCAUCCACGGUUCGAAAAAGGGAGCCGAGAAAGGCAUGUACCUAGUAACGGAAGACUUCCUCAACGCAAUUGCUUCAAAUCUAUCGAGCCUUGUCUCAUAG